AUGGUUCACUCUAAAGUCGUUAUCAUCGGCUCCGGCCCGGCUGCCCACACCGCAGCCAUCUACCUCUCGCGAGCCGAGCUCAAACCCGUCAUGUACGAGGGCAUGCUCGCAGGCGGCACAGCAGCCGGCGGUCAACUAACAACGACCACCGACAUUGAGAACUUCCCGGGCUUCCCGACUGGCAUCGGAGGCGCCGAGCUCAUGGAGAACAUGCGCAAGCAAUCAGCCCGCUUCGGCACCGAGAUCAUCACGGAGACCAUCACGCGCAUCGACCUGAGCAAGCGACCUUUCCGGCUGUGGAAGGAAUGGUCUGAUGGCCCCGAGGAGGAACCAGCCCAUACCGCCGACGCAGUCAUCAUAGCGACGGGCGCAAAUGCUCGUCGUCUCGACCUCCCCGGCGAAGAGAAGUACUGGCAAAACGGCAUUUCGGCUUGCGCUGUGUGCGACGGUGCGGUCCCGAUUUUCAGAAACAAGCCGUUGUUUGUCAUUGGUGGUGGUGAUUCGGCUGCGGAGGAGGCUAUGUUCUUGACCAAGUACGGCAGUCAUGUCACUGUGCUUGUGCGCAAGGAUAAGCUUCGCGCCAGUCGGGCUAUGGCUAAGCGGCUCCUGGCUAACCCCAAGGUUACGGUGCGCUUCAACACGGUUGCUACACAGGUUGUUGGCGAGGACGGGCCAAGGGGUCUCAUGACCCAUCUCAAGGUCAAGAACGUCAUUACCGGUGAAGAGGAGACUGUUGAUGCUAAUGGUCUUUUCUACGCUGUUGGUCAUGACCCCGCCACGGCCCUUGUCAAGGGCCAGGUCGAAUUGGAUUCCGAGGGCUACCUCGUCACCCAGCCUGGUACGAGCUACACAUCUGUUCCAGGUGUUUUUGCUGCUGGUGAUGUUCAGGAUAAGCGAUACAGACAGGCAAUUACCAGUGCAGGAUCCGGCUGCAUCGCCGCCCUCGAAGCGGAGAAAUUCCUCGCCGAAGAAGAGUCCGCAGACGACGAAACACCCGCCGUCAAGACGGAGGCUGGACAGACCCGUAUUGAGCCUGCGGCGGCCGAACAGAACGGUCAAACGAAGAAAGAGGGAAAGCCGGCUACAGCGGAAUAUAAACAGAACCCGCUGUUAUAG